CAAAAAUCGUUUUUAACGAGCAAAAUGAUUGGUUGUCGGAGAUCUCGCGUACAUUCUUCGUAUGGUGCAGUGUUUAUAAAAUAAAUACAUGCUUGCUUCACUGGAUUAUUGUACUUUUAAGCAGCCGACCAACAUGAUUCAGCACGUGCUCCUCGUGCUAGGAGUUGCAGCCUCCACCGCCCUGGGAUGCCAGUUUGACAUCCAGAAGUCGCAAUUCUACUGGAAGAACGAAGUGAACAUUUGCACGGACGACCUUUGCAAGACAUACGACUACCUGCCAUGCGAGGUGUCAAAAGAUUAUAUCCUCGACCAAGCUAUUGCGCACACCCCGGAGGACGUUCUGUAUGAAAUCGAGGUGAUGAAGAACUACUUUAACACCUUUAUUCCAACGCCAAAUAACUCGUUACCGUUCACGUGUGAUGGUGUCUGCUCCAAGAACAUGCGUUCAAUCCAGCUACAGAGAAUAUUCACUAAGGUAAACGUCAAGGACCCUAACAACGGCGCCUUCUAUCAGGAAAACCGAAUGUGCAUCGUCAUAGGCCCGGAUAUAUAUUAUCAGCAGUGCGGGGGUCACUGUGACGUUCCAGACUACACAGACCGAUACUGCCUCCCGGAUCUAUCAGUCAAGGUGAAGCUGUGGGUUUACUGUCCGGAUGUGACGCCAAGUUGUCACAAAGUAGACUUUGAUAUUCCGCUCUCGUGCACGUGCAAGAAAAUCACGUGCCAGAAGGGCAUGCCUUUGGGUCCCGUUGACCUUCCGCAAAGGCUGAUGCCACCGGCGCCGCCAAAUUGGAUUCCGGGAAAAGGUGUCGACGUCAUGAAUCCAGGAAAACCAAUUGAAGUAAUGAAUCCAGGGAUACCGAUUGACUUCAUGAACCCAGGAAUUCCAAUGGGAUUAGGAGUGUGGAAGAAAUAAACGUUGAACUUGCAUGUGUUUUAUUGCUUUAUGCAUUAUUGUUUAUAUCCACUUGUUUGAUUUAAUCCUUCUCUCGAACGAUGAUGACUGAAUAUAGCAUGUCGAUUAACCUGAUAAUGCCAAAUGGUAGAAUGGCCAGUCUGAAUCUUGUUUCACAUUGGCUUCGCUUUGUUUUCUGUUAAAUGAAGCUUUACAACCAUGUGCAUAUGUGUAUGUUUUGUAUAUAUAUUUGUACAUAGAACAUGGGAUGUAAGACAACAUGAAUUUGAUUGUGAUGGUUCUUUUGUAUCCAAUGAGUUUAUCCGUAGUAGUAAUUUUAAUGACGGAGAUGUACAUACGGUAUGAUGGUCUGUGUGCUUACGGUAUGAUGGUCUGUGUUGAACUGUUAUAUUCGUAGUAGUAAUUUUAAUGAUGGAGA